CUUUAUAAAUAGCCGAACCCCGGACGAGUAAACGACUUCGUUCUCCUUUCUUUUGUCUCUUCGCCAUCUGAGAUCUGCCGAACGAGAAGACAGAGGAGAGGAGAGGAGAGGCAAAGGAGGGAAAAAAGAUAUGGCGGUGGUAUCGGCUCUGGCGAAAUACAAGUUGGUGUUCUUGGGGGAUCAAUCGGUGGGGAAGACCAGCAUCAUCACCCGGUUCAUGUACGACAAAUUCGAUACCACCUAUCAGGCUACUAUCGGCAUUGAUUUUCUAUCAAAGACGAUGUACCUUGAAGACCGUACAGUACGUCUGCAGCUUUGGGAUACUGCUGGCCAGGAGAGAUUUAGAAGUCUUAUCCCAAGCUACAUCAGGGACUCUUCUGUCGCAGUUAUUGCUUAUGAUGUAUCUAAUCGGCAAUCGUUCUUAAAUACUUCAAAGUGGAUCGAGGAAGUGCGUACAGAACGAGGUGGCGAUGUAAUCAUAGUUCUUGUCGGAAAUAAGACGGAUCUUGUUGAGAAAAGGCAAGUCUCGACAGAAGACGGAGAAACCAAAUCUCGUGAAUUUGGAGUGAUGUUUAUUGAAACCAGUGCAAAAGCUGGCUUCAACAUCAAGCCACUGUUCCGCAAGAUUGCUGCAUCCCUGCCAGGGAUGGAGACUCUCGCUUCCACUAAACAGGAGGACAUGGUUGAUGUCAAUUUGAAGUCUACAGUUAGUUCAACACAGACUCAGCAGCAAUCUGGAGGAUGUUCGUGCUAGAGAGGUUCCAAAUCGAAAUAUCUUGAAGAAAUUCUUUAUCAACAACCAAUGUAAGUUUUGAUUCGUUUAGCAAUUGAAAUUUUGAUAGUAGACUGGAGAACCAUCGAUAGUAUUUAUCAAGUCGCUUGAUCGUUGAUUGUAGCAUCUCUGUUGUUCCAGUUCUUGUUUCUUCUUUCGACAUGACUUUUCAUUUUCCUUUUUGUUUUGUUUUUUUGUGCGUGUGGUCCCGUACACAUUAUAAUGUAUUAUGUUGCUCGAAGUUAUAGCAUCCGUUGCAGUCUGUUAAGACUCUCUCA